AAAAACUCGAAAAAAAGUUAUACAGCUAACAAGUCUAGAAGCCUUAACAAAACUAGAUCUAAUAUUAAGUGAGGUUUCUCUUAAAGAAACAAUUUAUGAUGCAGAAUUAGAAGAAAAAUUAAGAAACAGGAAGAUAUACCUAAGAGGAUCCACAAGUAUUAAGCAGCUUACAAGCUUAAGCAAA